AUUAAAAAUCAAAUAUUGUGAUCAAGAAUUAACUAAAGAAACAAAAACUCGGUUAGUACAAUUAUAAAUAACCACUCCCAGGCAUGAAAUUACAGAGUCUAUUCCACCAGCAAGAUAUGGAUCCUUCUUCUUCUAUCGCAAGAAAAGCCUUAGACUUGUUGAAGAAGACAUACGAGGUUGUGGAUCAUCCUUCAACGAAUUCAAUAAUCUCGUGGGGACAUGACAACAAGAGUUUCAUAAUUUGGGAUCUGGAAGGAUUUGAAAAGUUUCUUCUUCCCAAUAUCUUAUCUCCCGGCAACCUGGGCGUUUAUGCCUCGUAUCUCAAGCUUUAUGGAUUUUUAAAAGUUGAGUCUGAACAAAAAUGGGAAUUUGCAGACGAUGAUUUUGUGAGAGGCCAUCCUGAGCUUUUGGAGAAGAUUACUGAUCGCUACAAGAUAUACUGCCAAGCUUUUUGUGCUAGGGAGGGUUUGAUUAUCUAAAAUCAAUGUAACAUUUGAUUAGGAAUUUUCCUAUCUAUCUAUCUAUCCUUGUGACUCUCUU